AUGUCUUCCACAAUCGGAGAUUCCACCACCGCCCUCUCCACCCCACCACCGUACUGCAUCUCCUCUCCGGCGGCCACCACCAUCGUCACCACCAGCAGCAGCAGCGGCAGAACCAGCACCAGUUCCAGCUCCGACGAAAUCUUUGAAAACCCUUUCUCGGAAAAACUCAAUCCCAAUUCCAAUCUGAACCCCAGCAAGAUUCCAAGAUCGCCCCUUUCUUGUUCCUUCUCCCGCCCCUACAAACAGCUGGCCGUCCUCUCGGGCCACGUGGGCCCGGUUUCCUGCUUGGCCCUGUGCGGGGAGUUCGUCCUCAGCGCCUCCCAGGGCCGUGACAUCAUCGUCUGGCAGCAGCCCGACCUCAGGCGGUUUGCCCAGUUCGGGUUUGGUUCGGGCUCCGUCAAGGCCCUCGUCAGCUACGGGAACAAAGUCCUCACGGCCCACCAGGACACCAAGAUCCGUGUCUGGAAAGUCUCGAAGAGCUCGGAAAACGGGCAUAAAAUGGCGGUCUUGUGCGUGUGCCUAAUGGGGGAAGGUGACCGGUUCUUGUGCAGUGGGUCGGCUGAUUCGAGUGUGUGCAUCUGGAGUAGGGAAAAACUCGGAGGGGGUCUGGCUCGGCAUUUGGUGAUCAGGGGGCACGAGGGCCCGGUGAAGUGCAUGCGGGCCGGGCCAUCGAGAGUCGGGGGUGGUUUCCUGUUGUAUAGCGGGAGCGUGGAUAGGAGUGUGAGGGUGUGGUGGGUACCGGGUGAUUCGGAGAAGGAUUUGGAUUUGGUUCGGGUGAAGUGA